GCGAAGGAGGUCGGGAACGGAAUUCCCAGGGCUGUUCCCCCACUCCCCAACCUCCACCCUCAGCCGGCCCCCAGUGCGCAUGCCAGGGAGGAAGCUCCCUUGCUCUACCCCCUCCUCUUCCUGGCACUGAGUCCAGGGGGGAGGGAGGGAGUGAGGUAGGCACUGGGGGGUGGGGGUGGAGAGCACCAGCGAUCCUCUGCACCCUGACCCCCCCACCCAACCCACGCACCCACCCGGCACCCACCGCAGGUGGGAGGGGGCCUCCCGUAGCCCCCCCCCUCCCCGGGGAGAGACGCGAUUACAAGUUGGAGCUUGCAGCUGCUUCUGGGGAGGGGGCACCAUGAACCAAGGGGUAGGCUAGUGUGGCUCCUGAGUGGCGCGAGCUUACUGGACAGGACACCAUCUGGAUUCUCAGAAGAGAGGCCACCGGACUGACUAUGAGUGACUCAAGGGAACACACCCAGCCUUAAUAUCGCCUGCCGCGAGGUUUGCAGCCAUGAGCAGGUCCCCAAGAGCUGAGGGAGCACAAUGAAUGGCGGCGAUGAUUGCUCUGGUGUGGAUCGAGGUGGGCGCCCGGCAGUCACACCCGUGCCUGUGGGCUGGCAGCGCAGGGUGGAAGAGGGCAGAGUGUGCUAUAUCAGUCCUAGCGGGACAAGCUUGGCUUCAUUGGAGCAGACUCGUGCGUAUCUGCUGGCGGACGGCACUUGCAAGUGUGGGCUGGAGUGUCCCCUCAACGUGCACAAGGUUUUCAACUUCGACCCUGCAGCGAUGGUGAUUGGGAGUGAAGGCAGCAAGGGAGACCAAGACAUGACCAAGCUCUGCAAUCACCGGCGGAAAAUUGUGGCGAUGGCAACACUUUAUCGCAGCAUGGAGACCCAUGGACCCCUCAGCCUGCCACACCUGGGGCCAGGGGCUGGAAUGACUCUGCCAUCUCACCCGGCCAUGCCAGGGCCUAGCACUUGCCUGCAGCAGACUCUUUCCAGCAAAGCUCCAACCAGCUUGCCCAAGGGGUCAGAUCUCUCCUUGCAAUGUUCCUCUGAUCGUUAUGGAAGUGCCUGGUCUGGUCCAAGCUCUUCCUUUCCCCGCCUUCACAACACUUUCUCUGCGGAUGGCUUCCCAGGCCGUCUGCCGGCCACUGUCAAUGGCAGUGCCCGCCCAGCCUUCCCGUCUGAACUGAAUGCUGCCGGGGGAUCUUUUCCACCCAGCAAGACCUCAGCAGAUGCCUCGCCCCGGCCCUAUUCAUCCAACAGUUUCCUCUUCCCCCUGCUGGAUGAGGUGGGGUCUGGUCAAGAGAGCAGCCCCUGGAGUGGUCGUUCCGUCCCUCUUGGGUCGCAAGCCAGUGUUGCUGGCUCGCCUGCCCCCACCAGCCUCUCCUCCGUUUCUUCAUCAGCAGGCAGCGCUGAGCCUUCUCCACAGCGGUCACGGCCCUCAUCCACCUCCUCUGAGCAGGGCCCCUCUGGAUACCGCCUGGCUUCCAGGCCCUCCAGCUUGGACGCAGCACCCCCGACCAACGCCUUAACCAACCAAAGCAGCAAUAACCUGCCCUCAGUGCCCUUAGGAGCUGCCCCAGAAGGCAAAGGGCCGCCUGGCCUGCUGCUCCUUCCUCCACAGGGCCCAGGCUCUUUCCCAGCCAGCAGUUUGUUGAGCGCAGCCGCCAAGGCCCAGCUGGCCAGCAGGGGGCGUCCCGACGAGCUGGCUGCCAGCACUUUACCCAACCGCUUGCUGCUGUCAGUGGUGGGCGGGCGGACACCUCGGCGGCAACGUCGCUCCCCCACUGUCCUGCGCCUGCUCAAGGAUUCCCACGCAGGGCAGGCGGGGGUCACCCACCCUGAGGAGGCACUGACCCGACACCCUUGGCCUCGGGACCAGCCUCCCGGAGGAGAGGCCAAGAAUGGACCCCCAAGUGCAGCCACCCCGGUACAGCCGCUGGCCUCUCUGCUCAGUCUGCUGGCUCCUCCCGGGAGUUCACCUACGCCAAGCCUGCCUCCACUUCUCCAGGUCCCUGCUGGCGACGGCCCCAAUUCUUUGCCGCCCUUCCAGGACUUCAACAGCCAACUCCUCAGCCUCUUUGGUCAGCUGGCCUCCACGUCUUCCGAACAGAUCUCAGGGAGUUCCCCACAGCCGAAACCUCCCACCUCCCCGCUUGCAUCCCAUGGACCCCCAGGUGCUGCUGCUGCUGCUGCUGCUGCUUCGGCUUCACUCAUGACUCCCAAAGCCCCUCCCGCCCCCAGCCCUGUUACUCUCACCACCAGCACAGUGGAAGGUGGGGGCGUGGGCUGCCCGCUGCCCGCAGGCCCCGAUCCAUUCCCCUUCCUGGCACAGGAGCAAGCACUGCCGUUUGGGAAUGCUCUACCUCCUGGGCUGUUCCCGCUGGGCUCCUUCCCCUUCUCGCUGACCUUGGGCCCAGAGACACCACUUCCCCCUCUUAACCUGCAGGAGGAGCCAGACGGACAGCCCCUGUUGCCUCUGGUGCUGCCCAGCCUGGAUUUGCUACAGCAGCCAAGUGGGCUCCUGGCAUCCCUGUUGGCGCUGCCAGAGGCGGCUUGCGAAGGGCAGAGGGAAGCGGCGACCACGGAGCCAUUGUUGGAGCCCUUCGCCGGCUUGCCGGAAACUCUGCAGCCCCUGCUCUUCCCAGCACUUUCCACCCCUUCAGCUGUCCUAGCUUUAAAUUCAGCAUUGUUGGCAACCGGCCUGGGCCCUUCUGACACAGGACCGAUCCCUACACAGACCUUUCCUGUCCUUCCAUCCCAGACCGGCCUGGCUAGCACUCCCGUGGCACCUACCUCCACUAACACCACACCGACAACUACUGAGGGUACCCCCUGUGUCUCUGGGCGGCUGAAUCCCAUAUUGCCCCAGCUUGUCAAUCCGCUGCUGAGUACCACACUUCUGGGUGACCUUCCAUCCCUGAAUCCAGCUUCAGGCCCCUCGUUGAUUGGAAGUCCUCUUCUCCAGGCUCAGCAGCCUCUUUUGCCACCCAAUCUGCAAGGGCCUCUCGGAAUCCAGCUUUUCCAAGGACAGCUGCCCUUACUAGCAGGCUCCAACCCCCUGGCUUGCCUCCUCCAGAGCUUACAGCUAAGCACUGGCUUCAGUGCCCCAGAGAAACUGGUGCUACCCAGUGAGCCUCCAGCCUCAGCAUUGUCCAGCAUGCUCCCUGUGCCAGAGACUGAGCCGAGCCACCAGGCUAUCUUGCCCCCUUGCACGGACACUGCCCUCACAAGUGCCUUAGAGUCGCCCAGAGCCCUUGAGCCAGCCAGGCAAGGGGAGCAGGAGGCCGCCUCAGGGCAAGAAGCCAGCGGUUCCCACUCCCCCCACAAGCGGCUCAGAUGUAGCCCAGAAGAGCUGAAUGGGGACCCUGCCAGCAGUCUUUCACGCGGAUCACUCCGGGGCAGCAAGACUGGACGUCGUGGGGGCGGGCGGGGGCGGGGCAGGCGGCACUUCAAUGGACAACUUCCUGAGUUGGGCGCAGGACAUCUCUCGCAUCCCACCUGGCGUUGCAAUGGGGAAAUGGUGGCUAGCAGUGAAGAAACCCAAGCAGGUCCUUUUGCUGUUCAGGAGAUAAAGGGCCCUCCUGGUAGGCGACCCGCCAGACGUGGCCGAAGGAGGAAAAGCAGUGGUGUCCGGCCCAGUGGCCGCCCUGAGACUACACGGAUUCGGGGUCCUAGCAUUGAUCCAGGAUCCAGCCCAUUGGUUGACUACACUGUUGCUCGACGGCCUCGGCCUGGCCGGCCUGUAAAAAACAGGAGGAGGAAAUUGGCCACAUAACACUGCCUGAACUGCGGGGUCUCCACCACUGUCCAUUCUUAAGGAAAGAGAGCUUGAGACAUCUGUCUCUCUCCUCAUCCGUGACCCCCUUCCAUCUCUGGGGCCCAGCCUAUGGGCGUAGCCCAAAGGAGGGGAGGAAAUACCAGCAAAAGAUCGGUUGUUGCUGAUGGCUCUGAGCAUCUUGACCAUGAAUGUGUUUUAGCUUCACCACUUGCCUGGAUCCGGAAUCUUCCGCCAGAGGGAUCUCUAAAAGCACACGGUGCAGCUCUGGUCUCAGCAAUUUUUUGGAGGGGGGGGGGCUGCUGUUGGGAAGUGGCUGGGGGAGUGGGGGUGGGGGAGAGAGAGAGGAAGAGGGCCAUGCCCAUAGCACUUCUUGAAGCCAUGUUUGUAAACGUUCUUGUUGGUAGCGCAGGAGGCCCUCCUGCCCUUGCUUUUGUGUCUUCCCCCCCCCACCCCUGGCGAGAUUCCCCUACGGUUGGGUCCCCCAAACCUCAGCAAGGAGUAGCAAGGGCUCUGUCCUCCUGGAGGGGGACAGCACCGCCCUUUCACUUCCCACCUUACCUCAGGCCUGCGUGCGCCGCAUGCAGGUGAGAACCGGCUCAGGGUUUUAGUACAAGAAUCAGACGCUUCUUCUCUCUACCUUGCCAAACACACACGCUCUCUUGCUCUCUCUGUCUCUCUCUGACACACAGACAAGCUCGGUCCUGAUCCCAGUGGCCAAGGUACAAAGCAAUAAGGAAAAUAAGCCACGUUAAGUUCAAGGAAAAUAAUUCCUUCUUUCAGUUUUUCUUCCCUCCUUUUCUUCCCUCAGCCUCCCUGCCUCUAUGGUUACUCAAAGACAGCGACAAUAUGCUAGACCCUGAGUGGUGACUUAGCCUGUUCUCUCUUCCUCCUCAAGUCCUCCUAAAAGCCCUACUUUUUAAAACUAUAUAUUAUUUCCUUGUAUUUUCCUUUUUUUAAAAAAAAAAAACCCUCAAAAGAACACUCAGGUCACAGCAUAUUGGGGUAGGGUAGAGAGUUAAAAAGAAGAUUUUGUGCCCAAAAAUAUACUUGGCCCAUCUUUUGCCAGAGCAAGCUCCCUCUUCUUCCCUGCUCCUCUCCUCAUUCAUUCCCCAAACACAUACACUACAAUCCUCAUCUCUAAAUGACCAAAUCACUUCACACCACCACCCCCUCUUCCCCCCAACUGGUUGCAACCCUCGACACAUUAUGCAAAAGCACUGUGUAGAUACUGUACAGGUUGUGCUGUGUCUCCCCUUCCCUCCCAUGCACUUCAACCAACCAACUUCGGCCUUUCUUUUUGUAUAAAGAAGAAGAAAAAAAAGGAAUGGGGGGGGCGAGGGGGGGGAAGGAAAGCUAUUUUUCCUUUUUUGAGCUUAAAUUUUGUUUUGUAAAAAUAAAAACACACAAUUGUGAAUUGUAGCUUUUCUAUGGGAGCGACUUUUAAUUUAACAGAUGAAAAUAUUUUGAAGCUUAGAUUGAAGUUACUGUUUAUUUGUUUAUUUUUUGGGGGGGUGUUUUGUAUCAAGUAUUAAAAUAUGUAUUUAAAACA